UGUUGUCCUGGAAAUUAUGGUAGAGUGGUCAGGAGCUGCAAUAAAGACAGCAGCCAAUUUGACUAAAUAACGCGAUACUAACGCUGUUUACGCAGAAACUUAAGUAACAAUACAGGUGUGCUGUUUUUGUUUGUACUCAGACACGGAAAAAGAAGCGUUACUUUUGUAGUUUUUUUGUCGCUAGCAUCGCAGAAAUGUAAGGUGAACACUGUUUUGGAGUUGGCGUCGUGGAUGAACUUCAGAAACUUUGGUAACCUAGCCUGCUAAGUUUGUUAAUAUGAAUAGCGUAUAGGUCGUGUGCUGAAAAACAAAACCUUAAAAUUAGAUUGUGAUCCAUUCAAUGGGAAAUCGUAUCUUACCUCUCAUAUUUUCACAUAAAUAACUACAUCAAGUCAAAGUGGUGGAUCAUGUCAGCAUCAACAAGAGCAGCCAGCUCAUCCCAACAGCGGGUUAAACACUGCCGCUCCCCUACAGCCUCCUGCCCUUCUUGUAGCAACACCACCACCACGGUCCAGUUGCAACCUAUCCGCGCCACGGUGCCAUACCAGCUUUUGCGUGGAAAUCAGCACAGCCCAACCAGCUCCGCUUCCUCCUCCUCCUCAGUAGCCGGAGCAACACAGGACCGACGACGUCCCGUUGUCCCAGUCCCGCCAACCCGAGUGGAAGCGGCUCGGACGGCAGGCUGGUACACAGGCAGAGACUUUCAGCACCGGACAGCAGAAGCUCACCAGUACGCUCGCCCUAUCCGCCUGUUUCCAAAGACUCCUGGAUGUUGGAGUGACGAAACAGGAGAGAAGAGGAGCACCCACCAGCACUCUGUGUCCUGGGGCAGCCCCGACCAGCUCAGAGAGAUAUCGAAGCUUCAACAGCAACUCCAGUGCAGUAAACAAGGAGGACGUCAAAGUAAAGACAAAGACCGACUGUCGCCCCUCCAGUACAGCACCAUCACCUACACCAACCUCACCAGCACUACCAACCACACCUCCACAGUCAGCCACGUUCAGCACUUUUCCAUGUCGAAGUCGGCCCAGAUGCCGCUGUCCAACAUCACAGUGCCAAAGCCUUCCAUCUCGAGGGUGCCCAGCAGCAUGGAGGGGAUCAACCAUGAGCUGGAGAAGGUCUUCAUCAAAGACAAUGGAGAGAAGGAGGAGCUCAAGUCCCUGGAGGUUCCUGACGGGCGGCGAGCACCCUUCCCUCCCCAGCAGCGCAGUAGCAGCUCCCGCAGCGUGGACACCCAGACUCCCUCAGCCCCCGGCCGUUCCAGCAGCUGUUCCAGCCUGUCACCCUGCCCCUCACCAGCUUGCCCACCAGGAUCACUUGACGGCAGCCCCUACUCCACAGAGGAUCUACUGUACGACCGGGAUAAAGACAGUGGAAGCAGCUCACCACUGCCCAAGUUCGCCUCCUCGCCUAAACCCAACAACAGCUACAUGUUCAAGCGAGAGCCACCGGAGGGCUGUGAGAAGAUUAAAGCUUUUGAGGAGAUGAGCUCGAGGCAGUCCACAUCGGCAUCAGCCCCACUGUUCUCCUGCCCGGACAAAAACAAGGUCAACUUCAUCCCAACAGGUUCAGCAUUCUGCCCUGUCAAACUCCCCGGCUCCCUGCACCUAACCCCAGCUUCAGAGCCUGAAGAGGACGAGGACAACGCGGAGGCGGGCCCCAGCUCAGAGCCCCAGGGGACCAAGCCUUUCUAUGGUGCCCCCUCUCAGGUCUCCACGAGCACCAGCACAGAUGACCCUCCAGAGGAGCCCGGCUCGCCGUCAGAGACUGCAGACCCCCAGACAGACAGCCCAGCGAUCAGCUAGACCUGAGCAGAGCUGGCCUCUGGCUCCGGGAUCCAUGAUAGCGACUACCGACCAUCAUCACUAACUGUCCCACCAACACCUCCCUCUGCUCUGCCAGGGGGGUCUCCAACUCUCCGUGCUGACCCCCUCCAUCCCUUUCUAUCUCUGCAUGACGUAGCACCAAUGUCCCAAUUAACCACUACCGCCACCACAAAGACUCGCCACCUUAAUGUUCUGUCCUGCAUAAUGUCUGAGCUGUUGUUGGUAGAGAACGACCGGAUUGGUUAAAGGUUAUCAUAUGCAGGAAUUGGAAGGAGGAAUGGAGCACUCUGGAUUGGGGGGGGCAUGUAUUUUAAACUGGUAGUAUAUUUCUGAUUAAAUUAUGUGUUUUGUUCUGUUUCAACAAUCACAGUAUGAAUAAGCUCUCUAUAUACAUAUCUAUAUUGCAUAUAUAUACGCAUAUACACACAUAUAUGUG